CACCACCACCACAACAACAACAACAACAACAAAACCUUAUUGAAAUUAAAAUGAGCUCCUAUUUUGUCAACUCACUCUUCUCCAAAUACAAAACCGGCGACUCCCUGCGCCCCAAUUAUUAUGACUGUGGCUUCGCCCAGGAUCUCGGGGGCAGACCCACCGUGGUGUACGGACCCAGCGCGGGGGGAACCUUCCAGCACCCGCCCCAAAUCCAGGAGUUCUACCACGGAGCGUCCUCGCUCUCCAGCUCCCCUUACCAACAGAAUCCCUGCGCUGUCGCUUGCCAUGGCGACCCCGGCAACUUCUACGGCUACGAGCCCCUGCAGCGGCAGAGCCUGUUCGGGGCGCAGGAGCCCGAGCUGGUGCAGUUCGCCGACUGCAAACUCGCCGCCAGCGGCCUCGGAGAGGAGGCGGAGAGCUCGGAGCAGAGCCCUUCUCCCACCCAGCUCUUCCCCUGGAUGCGACCGCAAGCAGCCGCCGGACGCAGGAGGGGGAGGCAAACCUACAGCCGCUACCAGACGCUGGAACUGGAGAAGGAAUUUCUAUUUAAUCCCUACCUGACCCGCAAACGGAGGAUCGAGGUCUCGCACGCCCUGGGAUUGACAGAGAGGCAGGUCAAAAUCUGGUUCCAGAACAGGAGGAUGAAAUGGAAAAAGGAGAACAACAAAGACAAGUUUCCCAGCAGCAAAUGCGAGCAGGAAGAACUGGAAAAACAGAAAAUGGAAAGAGCCCAGGAGGUGGACGAGGAAGGGGAAGCACAGAAGGACAAGAAAUAAUUAAAGAAAAAAAAGGAGUUUUGAGGACUGAAAGGCAAGCGCUGCUGGGGUGGAGGAGCCCCCGAACCCCGCGUUAAUGGCAGUGAGGGAGGGCUUGGGCUAGGGGGGGGACACA